AGUGUUUCCAUAGACAGGACCCUGACAGACAACAUCCAGGGAUAAAAGCCAGACAAGAGUCUUAAAAAAGGGAACAAGGCGCGCGCAGAGAAAGGGAAGUCGCUGCAGGGUUCUUGUGCUGUCACACCUGAGGGUACAUUUUAACACGUUUAUUUCCUCCGUAAACCACGUGGACAAGUCACCAGAGUUCAUGUGUGACAUAUACAGCCUGGACUCUCACUGCGUGUCUCCACAAUGCAAUAUGAGUUGGGCGAUGGAGCCUGCUAACUUCUACGAGAGCGCAAAGCUGGGCGGCCCGCAGCAGGGGGGCUGCAAGCCAGGCAGCAGGGGCGACGGCGCGGGCGAGGACGGCACCAUGGUGGAGCUGAGCACCGCCCCUGCCAUGUACGACGACGAGAGUGCCAUCGACUUCAGCCAGUACAUCGAGUCCAUGACAGCCGUGCCAAACCUGGAGCUGUGCAACGACGAGCUCUUCCUCGACCUGUUCAACACUGUGAAGCAGGAGAAGGUGGACUUCUACAACCUGCAGAGCUCCGCGCAGCCCGGCGGCAUGCAGCAGCUGUCAGCCGCGUACACGGCAGAGAGGAAGGUGGACAACGUGCUGCCUAUCAAGCAGGAGUCCGACUGGAGUGACAGCGACAUGUCCUCAUCCCUGCCUUCACAGAUCGAGACCUGCGCCCAGACCUCUGUCAGCCUCCCAACAGGGCAGCCAACUCCCCCCACCACCCCGGAGCCUGUCUCCAGUGUCAGCUCGGCCAAAUCCUCCCCGCGGAAGAUCGGCAGGGAAAAGGGGAAGAAGGCGGUGGACAGGUUCAGCGUGGAGUACCGACAGAGGCGAGAGAGGAAUAACAUUGCAGUGAGGAAAAGCAGGGACAAAGCCAAGAUGCGCAACUUGGAGAUGCAGCAAAAAAUGAUUGAACUGAGCGCUGAGAACGACAGGCUUCAUAAAACUAUCGAGCAGCUAACCAGAGAGCUCACCGGGCUCAGAGAUUUCUUCAAGCAGAUGCCCAACUCCUCCUUUGCGGGCUCCUCGAGUGCAGAGAGCCGGUGACGAAUUCAUUAUUCUACGAACUGAGUUUUAGGAGACAUACCUCAACAGACAUUUUCGUUUUUACCAUCUGUACCAGAUGUAUUUUAAGCUUACCAUAAUGGCACUGGAAAAUAUAUGAUGUUGCUGCCAUAUUUUUUGUGGGAUUUUCUCUAUUAAAUUAUUUUACCACUGCAUUUACAUGAUGUUAUACCUGAUAUGGUACAUGUUUUAUAAUUCCAAACUUUGUAUAAGAGCCAGAGCAUGAUCUUUUAUAUAGUUUGUAUGAAACCUUGAAACAUUUUUGUUUAUGGAAUCUAUAAUAAAAUUGCUGAAAAGGUGCAGAAA